CCUCGUCGUCAGAAGAGAAACAAGACUGUUUUGGGGGAUCAGAUUAGGGUUUAGAAUCGAGAGAUUUGGGGUUUGAUUAGGGUUUUGAGUUGGGAAAAAUGGAAGUGAAGAGCAUCAACAUCUCUGAAUCUCACAAGAGGAACCGCAUCCAGGUCUCCAACACCAAGAAACCCCUCUUCUUCUAUGUCAACCUCGCUAAGAGGUAUAUGCAGCAAUAUAAUGAGGUUGAGCUGUCUGCUCUUGGAAUGGCAAUUGCAACAGUGGUCACUGUGGCUGAAAUUCUGAAGAAUAAUGGAUUUGCAGUUGAAAAAAAGAUCCGGACAUUGACUGUUGAUAUGAGGGAUGAACCUGAAGCACGACCUGUUCCAAAAGCAAAGAUUGAAAUAAUGCUGGGAAAGACAGAUGAGUUCGAUGAGCUGAUGGCUGCUGAGGUAGAGAGAAGAGAAGUCGGAGAUAGUGAGGAGCAGAACUGAACCCCCACCAUCCCGCAAAAAAGAAAAAGACGAAAAGAAAAAUGUCAUUGGUGACGACUUCUUAGAUUGGUGUGCAGUAGGGAUCUAUAGCAUUGCUGAUCUUCUUUAUGAAAUUUAUGUAGAGAAAAAAUGAAAAAGAAAAAGAAAAAAGAAAAAAGAAAAAAAGCGCAGCUUGUUAUGAAAGUUAUUGCAUUGAACAAGUUUAUGUUCCUAUUGUGAUCAUGCUAAGGUUAGGGUUGUAUGCGACUGGAAAACCGAUCAUCAAAAUUUUAAGUGCUGCACCGCCUUGUUUCCUGGAUGAAUAGGAAGAUUUAUAAA